UUUCCUUUAUAUAUCCAACCUAUUUGAAUCAAAACAUUAUAAUUUGUAGUUAUAAUUCGUCUUUUGAAGUAAAUCAAUUUGAUAAUUUAUUAUUGACACUGGUAAUAUCAAAUUGAUCGUGGGUUUGAUAAUGAAGAUGGAUAGAGUCUUCGAAACAUCACUAGAUAAGUAUACAAAUGGUUUCCGCGGCUAGAAAUUUGAACAUCCUGAAUUUCGGGUUGAAUCGCGCUCACAGUUUGCAUUGUUCGACGUUUCAGCGAACAUUUUUUGCAACUACCUAUUUUCGAAUGACUAGGGUUAAAGAAGGCAUCAUUAAGUCAAUGAGAAUGUAAGAAAAAAAAAUGAUUCACCAAAAAAAAAGCUGAAAUACAACCACUAUUUUAAAUAUGAGGACAUUUCAAAACUGUCUCUAAUCGUAAAGUUGAUCUAUUGUAAGUUGAGCUAUUGUAAAUACAGAACACAUAUCAGAUGUAACUGAGAAAAAAGAAUGUUUGCCGAUCGAGUGCCACUAACCAACCGAUCAGAUUUGUAUAGAAUGAAGACAAAUUUCAUGAUUGAAAGUUAAUUUUGUGACUUGGGUUAGGAAUAGUCUUUCAUAUAAGUCACAGAAUAAAUAUAUGAGUGUUCUCUGUUCUCUGGUCUUUGGCACUUGGAACUCUUGGAAGGAACAGUAUUCCGACACCACAGAUGUGCCGACACUAUAUAGGUGGUUUGUGCACUAUAUGGAUUGCUGUGUCUUUUGCAAGGCUCUUAUAUGUUCUAUUACUUAUUGAAUUUUGUUUAUAUGAAACUCAUAAUAAUAUGGUGGCUUCUUGUGCGGCUUAUAAUUGUACAGUUAGAUACAAUAAAGAAGAAGGUGAUAUAUCCUUUCAUAGGUGAGAUGAAAAACUAUUUGAGAUUCCCAAAGGAUGAAAUUAUUAGGAAACAAUGGGUAGCAUCCUUGAGGAGAAAAGGUUACAACCCUUCAAAUUAUGCUACACUUUGCAGCAGACAUUUUAGAAAAGAAGAUUAUGUUGUGAAUAACAAAGGGAUGAAGUAUUUGAAAAAGGGAGCAGUUCCAUCCAUAUUCAAUUUUUAUGAAGAUCCAACAAGAUUGAAUUAUGGCCAAAAAAAAAUUUUGGACCCCAUUACUCAAUUCGAAGAUACACUCUGCUCCUCUCCAAUAAGUGUUCACAAUAACCGACCUGUUAUGAAACUAAUCCCUUGCCAACCAGCACUCUGUAUAACAGAUUACAAUAAUUGUUUUCCACAACUGAAAGCAGAAAUGGACAUUGAAUCAACUUGCCAGAAACCAGUUUACCAAUCCGAUAAUUCCAAAGCAAUAGAACUUGAAGAAGUAUCAGAUACGUUUGAAAGAGUUUCCAGUCCUUCCAGAUCAGGGUCUAUAAUCCGGAAGAG